ACCUGCUCGGGCUCCAUUAAGACCCGCCCCGUGAAUCGCCGUUCGGGGACAGCCAUGGGCCCUGGCAGUCGUGUGGCGCGGCGACUCGGGUCGCUGCUACGGUGCAGGGCCCUUUCCCAAGGAGCUGGGCCCCCGGAGGGCGCGGGGCCCCCGCUUGGGCUGCUGGCCGCGGGGUGGCUUAAGGCGGGACCGGCGCUUGGCCGGGCCUGUCUCUCUCCCGACCACGCUCGCGGCCUGCACGGCCGACCCGGCCUGGAGGAGCGGGCUCAGGGGGCAGCCGGUGAGGGGCACCCGGAGUCAGGCACAGCAGAUCACACUGGUCCCAAGUUUGACAUCGAUAUGCUGGUUUCACUUCUGAGGCAAGAAAAUGCAAGAGACAUUUGCGUCAUCAAGGUUCCUCCAGAACUGAAAUACACGGAUUACUUUGUGAUUGGUAGUGGAACUUCCACCCGACACUUACAUGCCAUGGCCUACUACAUUGUGAAAAUGUACAAAUACCUGAAAUGUAAGAGCGAGCCUCACGUUAAGAUUGAAGGGAAGAAUGCUGAUGACUGGCUGUGUGUGGACUUUGGCAGCAUGGUGAUUCAUUUGAUGCUUCCAGAAACCAGAGAGACCUAUGAACUAGAGAAACUAUGGACCCUACGUUCUUACGAUGACCAGUUAGCUCAGAUAGCACCUGAGCCAUUACCUGAAGACUUCAUUCUGGGAAUACAAGAGGACACUUCAUCCCUGACUCCAGUGGAGUUCAAAUGAGAAUACAGUGAUAGGAACUGCUUUAGUCAUUACCAGAUUUGGAUUGAGUCACUUAAAAAUGUAACUCUGAAUGAAACCCCACCUCCUUGCUCAGGUUGUUUUCAAAACAAGUCUUAGCUAUGGGCACUCAUGCUAAAUGAAUGUGGAAAUUAGAGGUAAGUGAGCUAAUUCUCACACCAAGAAUCCGUAUGUUCAAAUUAAAAUUUUAAUCUAUUUUUAUUCCUGAGACCCCAGCAGGAUUUCUGGGAGCUAACACUGGCCCCUGUGUUCUCUGUUCACAGUUUAAGUUUGCUUAAGUGUAUAUCUUGUUCUAUAGAAUGGAAUAGCCAGGUUUGUUUUAAUAAAGCAGAAAACCUAUAACCAUCC